UUCUCUACCUUUAGCUCCCAAACCAGAAUACUACUACUGCAUUGACAACUAUAGUUCUCAUUUCAUCUCCUUGAGACUUUCUUCCUGGAUAUGGAUCUAAAGGAUUUUUGCCUGAGUGAAAACGUCCACUUCCACAGCCAGCACAACCACCUGUUGGACUCCUCAAACACCGACGACGCUCCUUUACUAGAUGAUACAUGUAUCAAGACGGACCCCCCCAGCCCUACCUUCGCCCUGGACAGAACCACAGCAUUCAGUCCCAGCUCGGACAGCAGUGGAUACAAUGUAUUCUCACCGGGUCACUCGCUGGACCCGGAAUCCCCGAGUUCGAGCAGCAGCGGUGUCAGCGCAGCACCGGACUCUAGCAGCGCAUCUCAGUUUUGCUCGGAUCGCAGUUUGGCGCUCUCCUCGCACGUUGACUCCAUCAUCAAAUGUGACUACUUAUCGUCGCUGGGCUCUGGACCUAAAAGGCUGUGCCUAGUGUGUGGCGACUUUGCAUCGGGAUAUCACUACGGAGUAGCGUCGUGUGAGGCAUGCAAGGCUUUCUUCAAGAGGACAAUUCAAGGUAACAUUGAGUACAGCUGCCCUUUGAUGAACGAUUGUGAGAUCACCAAGCGCCGUAGGAAGUCGUGCCAAGCGUGCCGCUUCCAGAAGUGCCUGCGUGCCGGCAUGAUGAAGGAAGGUGUUCGCAUGGACCGAGUCAGAGGAGGACGUCAGAAGUACAAGAGAAGGGGGGACUCUGGCCUCUCGCUUUAUACGAAGGCCCCAGACACACACCCCGCCAAGUCCAACGGAUACAAAGUGAUCUCCCAGCUCCUCUUGACAGAGCCAGCCCCCCUGUGUGCCACGCCUGACAACUCAACCAAUGAUGACAACCUUAAAGCCCUGCUGAUGCUUUGUGACCUCCUAAACAGGGAACUCCUGGUCAUGAUUGGCUGGGCAAAGCAUAUCCCAGGCUUCUCUGCCCUUUCAUUGGUGGACCAGAUGACCCUGCUGCAAAGUGGUUGGAUGGAGACACUGGUCCUGUCAGUUGUGUCUCAGUCUCUGGGCUAUGGGGAGGAGCUGGUGUUUGCUGGGAACCUGCGUCUGGGCCAGGCCCAGUGCAGAGCAGCCGGACUCUCUGACCUCUACACCGCCCUGAGACAGCUGACCACCAAGUACAGGCAGAUGAACCUGAGCCGAGAGGAAGUGGUCACUCUCAAGGCUAUGGCCCUCGCCAACUCAGACGCAGAGAACCUGGAGAGUGUGGAGGCAGUGCAGCGGUUCCAGGACGGACUCCAUGAGGCUCUGCAGGAGUACGAGAGCGCCCAGCACACAGCAGAGCUCCACCGGGCAGGCAAACUGCUCAUGACCCUGCCCCUGCUCCGGCAGACUGCCAACCGUGCCGUGGACACCUUCUGCCGGCUCCACCUGGAGGGUCACGUGCCCAUGCACAAACUCUUCCUGGAGAUGCUGGACGCCAACAUAUGACUGUUCUACAUCUAACCUCCCAUUGGCCCCUCACAAACCGUAACCAGGUGGCCCAUUGUUGUGGGGUCAGAAGGUCAGGGUUUUGGUGGGUCACAGUUUUAUGACAAGUCAUGGUGUCAUGGAACGAGCCUGAUAACUGCGUACUGUAGAACAACAUAUACAAGUGAUAGAUCUCGUUUCUCAUUAGGGCAAAAGCCAAGGGCUCUAUUCAAUCCGUAUCGCGGAAGUUCAGCGUCAC